CAACCCUUCGCAGAGCCAGAUACAAAAACAAAAACCACAUGACAUAAAUUGUCAAAAAGUUGCAAAAAACAGUCAAAUGGUUGAGGAGCAGAAAGAAUACCAGAAUCUCAGAAACAGCAGGUUAAGUUCAGUGAGAUGUGUUCAGUGUUCUCCAAAGGCAAAAUCCCACUGUUCGACCAUUCAAGUUUUCAGAAUCCCCUCGAAUGCAACGUUUGAAUUAUGGGAUACUCGUGCUCAAAAUGUGUAUCAAAUGUGAGGUUAGAUGGUAAGACAGCAGUCGUCACUGGUUGUAAUGUGGGAAUUGGUAAAGAAACUGUCAAAGAUUUGUAUCGCAGAGGAGCUAAGGUGAUAAUGGCAUGUAGAAACGUUAAAGCAGCUGAGGAAGCAGCAGAGGAUAUCAGAAAGGUGUCAACAGAUUAUCAAAACACAGGAGACCUUCAAGUCGUCCAUCUGGAUUUAUCCAAUCUGAAGUUAGUGAAAGAAUGUUCCGAAAAACUCAUAAAAAACGAGAAUAGGAUAGAUUUAUUGAUAAAUAAUGGUGGAGUGAUGAUGUGUCCUUUUUCAAAAACCGUAGAUGGGUACGAGAUGCAUUUUGGUACCAACCAUUUAGGACAUUUCCUAUUCACCUUACUUCUGCUCCCCAAAAUCAUCCAAAGUAGACAUUCCAGGGUGAUACUCGUAUCUUCAAUGGUACAUUAUGGAGGAGUCAUUGAUUUCGGAGAUCUCAACUACACAUCCAAGCCUUACAGUGGUUUAGCAGCCUACAAGCAAAGCAAGCUUGCCAACGUUCUAUUCGCCAAGGAACUAGCAAGACGACUUCAAGAAAGAAAUAUAAAUAACGUGAAUACCUACAGCUUGCAUCCAGGAGUUGUUGCAACUGAUCUUAGCCGGCAUUUCGACACAUACCUGACAGGUUUGAAAAAUGUCUACAAUUUUCUCGCGAAAUUUUUUGCUAAGAAUGCUGAACAAGGUGCUCAGACAACAAUUUACUGUGCAGUACAUGAAAAUUGUGCAAGUGAAACAGGUCUGUAUUACGACGAUUGCAAAGUGAAGAAACCGUGUGCCGAUGCUGAAAAUUUGGACAUUGCUAAGAAGCUGUGGGAUGUGAGUUGGGAAUUGGUGGGACUUGAAAAGAGCUAUGAUCCUUUCAGAAGGUACUCACCCUAGAUCAUUUAUUAAUGUAAUAAAUGUCAUAAAAUAUGAUGUGGCAAAUUAUAUUGUAAAAUAUUUUCUAUGAAGAAUUAUUUAUUUUCAAUUAACAGUAUUUGAAGAAUAAACAGAGUUUACA